AUGAUCGACCCUGAUUCAAUGGCUGUCAAGUGCAUUGCGUCUCUGAUGGUCACGUCGACACUCCGGGAGCGCGACUACCGUGACCACGACCAUUCCGUUCUCAACUACGUCGUCGACUUUGUUCUCAACUGCGCCCUCGACAAUGACCACUGCCUCAACGACUGGUAA